AAGGCGGGUUACUUUCCGUUACUGGGUCUCGCUCUUUUCAUUUGCAGACGAAGAAGAAAUAGAAGAAAAAAGGAGGGAAGGAGGGGGAGAAACACAGAAAGAGGGGAAGAUCAUAUGGGGCUGCUCUCUAACAGGAUUGAUAGAAGGAGCCUAAAACCAGGGGAUCACAUUUAUUCAUGGAGGACAGCCUAUGUCUACACACACCACGGCAUCUACAUUGGGGAUGAUAAGGUCAUCCAUUUCACCCCAGGGCGAGGUCGAGAGGUGGGAAGCGGAACAAUGCUGGAUCUCCUACUUGUAAGCUCUGGACCAGCCCAAUCUCAAAUAACUUGCUCCAUCUGCAACCAACAAAAUCAAGGCCAUGGGGUCAUAUCCUCUUGCCUCAACUGUUUCCUUGCCGGUGGAGUCCUAUAUCGUUUUGAGUACUCGGUGAAUCCUGCUAUCUUCCUCGCAAAAGCACGCGGUGGAACAUGCACACUUGCAGCAUCAGACCCAGCUGAGGUCGUGAUCCAUCGUGCCACCUACUUGCUCAAUAAUGGCUUUGGGUGCUAUAGUCUCUUCAAGAACAACUGUGAGGACUUCGCCAUCUACUGCAAGACUGGGCUGCUGGUUAUUGAGCAAGGAACAAUUGGGCAGAGCGGCCAGGCAGUGUCGAUCAUUGGUGGGCCGCUUGCAGCCGUGCUGUCGACGCCAUUGCGCCUUGUGACGACUAAUGUGUAUGGGAUGGCAGCAACUGCAGUUGGUGUCUACUGCGCCAGCAGGUACGCGGCUGAUAUUGGCAUGAGGAGGGACGUGGUGAAGAUAGCAGUAGAGGAUCUCACAGCUAGGCUAGCAACAGGCAGGCUUCGGGUGGUUGACACAGGCGGUGCAGUGCCACCAGCUCCAGCUCCAGCUCGGUAGCGACUAUUUUCUUCCUUACAAGACUAUGGUGCGGUGCCUACUGCCUACCCUGUUUCGAAUCUGGUGAUUUGGUACUUAAUACUUCGCUGCUCCCAACUCUCAUUUUUCAUACAGGGGGCUGGCAGCUGGCUUUAUAAAACAUACUAUUGAAUUCAUCAACGAUCGAUCAUGUUGAUGGAAUGAAUAACUUGUGGGUUCCUUGGUACUCAACAAACAAUGUUCCCUCUCCCUUGAACUUUUAUAAGACAAUGAGACAUAAUUUACUAUAUUAAACUUCCUCAAUUGGUGGCGAUGCUA